CAGAGUGAGACUGCGAAGUCUGGAGGGUUGAGCGAGGCUUCUCCCGGGGCUGGUGGUGCCUCGGGGGCUCCCCUGGCAGCUCGGUGACCCCUCCGGGGCCAUUCCCUGUGUUUGCUCAGCCCUGUCUGGUUUGGGCAGCCGGGCACUGCGGCUGUUUGCAGCAGGGAAGUGCCCGACACCCUUGGGAAGCGCCACAGAAUCGCCAGGGUCGGAAGAGCCCUUCAGGACCGUUAAGUGCAGCCGCCCGGCUCGGCCCGGCCCGGCCCGGCCCGGCCCCGGUGCCCGCGAUGGGCCCCGCCCCGUCCCGGGCGCUGCCCGACCCGCCGCGGCGGGCGAGCCGGGCCACGCAGACCGAGUGGAACUGCCCGGUGUGUCACCGCGUGAGCUGCGACAGCCUGGCCGUGCCCUGCGGACACGCGUUCUGCCUGGGCUGCCUCCUGCGGGGCACGGCCGCGGACCCCGCCUGCCCCCGCUGCCGCAGCCCCGUCAUCGCCGCCCGCUUCUCCGUGCUCGGCGACGCCGAUUUCCUGCAGUGCAUCCUCAGCCCGCCGGGGCGCUCGCCGGGGGCGCGGAGGGCUCAGUUCCGCCUGGUCGAGACCUGCCCCUGGCCCCGCUGCCCCCGGAGCCCCCCGGCCCCGGCCGGCCCCACGCGGGCGCUCCCGGCCGAGCUCUGGGCGGAGCUGCUGCACGGGCAGGAGCAUCUGCUGGACCCGGUGCGGCCGUGGCUGCGGCACAGCCUGGAGGCGAUCCACGGCCCGCGCUGGUGGGAGGCCCGCGAGGUGGAGAGCAUCGCCCUCUCCGCCCUCUGCAUCUACGGCCCCGACAGGGACGCGCUGGCCCAGAUACUGCAGAACUACCUGGGGGAAUACACGGCCCCGCUGGUGCACGGACUGGUCCAUGUCACCCUGAGCCAGUGUGGCGAGGCCUGGCAGCUACACUGCUCCCAACCUGCCAGGGACCGGGGCGGGAGCUCCGUGUCCAGCUCCAGCCGCUCCUCCUCACCAGGGGGGACCCCCACUGCCAGCCCGGGGGGCACCCCCACCCACAGCCCAGGGGGUACCCCCAGGCCCAGCCAGGCCGACACUUGUGACCCCGUGGGGUCAGGCCCAGAGGACCAGCUCAGCACAUCAGAGGCCCCCCCUGGGAGUCCCAGCCACCCCCCAUGUGUGCCCGUCCCUGCUGAGCAGGAGCAGCCCCAGGAUGUGGCCCAGGAGCCCACAGAGGCUCCAGGUCCCUCCACUCCCGACCAGGACAGGGGCCAUGAGCACCGGCAGCACCGGCACCCCCGAAAGAGGAGGGCCCGUGACCGCCACGGUUCCCUGCGGCCCAGGAGGAGGAAAAAGAGAAGGAAAUAAAUUUCCUUGACACAG